AUGAAAAGGAAGAAUUCCAGCUCAUCCGAUAUGCUAGAGUAGAUUUUUAAAUAAUAAGGCAUUCAGCUGGCGAUAUUAGUAGUCCAAUGCUAUCACCUCGUAGACAUAGAUAGAAAGGCAAUGAGACUUUCAAUUUUAUGCUCCGAGUAGUCAAUUCUUCAUUUGUUUUCAGCUUAUUAACCCUACCCUUUUAUUUCUAAAUGAUUGGAAUAAUAUUUGGAGUCUUUGGUUGCUUGUUUUUCUUUAUUUUGAGUUACUUUCAAUCAUUACUUCUUUUGGAUCUAAAAUACUAUGCUCGAUCUAAAAAGAAGUAAGGAACACUUACAAAAUUAUUUGAACUAUUUCAAAUGCCUAAAUAUUCAGCUGACAUUUAUCGAGGCAUCAUGAUAUUUAAUGCAUAUCUUUACAUAGUCUUAUUAAUGUGUGUAUUUUAGUCUUCCAUAUAAUCUUUAAUAUAUAUGAUGUCAAAAUAAUAAAUAACAGAUUAGGUAAUAAUUCUUUAAUAUUUAAGUGGGCUUAAUCAUUGGCAUCAUAAUAAUUCAUAUAAUUCAUAGGAAGUCUUCUGAUGAUUCCAUUUUUUGUUAAAUGGAAAUAUCCUGUUUAUAUAGUUGCAAUAGCUAGAAUAUUAGGUGUUUUUUCUAUGGUGUUCAUUAUAAUAGCCUCAUUUUCUAUAUCACACUCAUCCAACCCAAAUCAAUAUCUAUAUCCUUCAAGUUAGAAGGUUGUACAAUCUUUUAUUUCAACUCCAACAAUAUUAAUGGCAUUUGCUUAUCAUUCACAAUUUUUUACUGGGAGAGCAUCAGAUAAAGGAUUCGAAAAUGAUGAUGAUAUAGAAAAGAAAUUAAAAUAAGGUGCAUUAUUAGGUUCCUUAUUCUUAAUGUGUGCAGAAAUAGCAUUCUCCAUUUUAGCAGCUAUAGCUUUUACUUCUGUAAAUAGUGAACUUGAUUCAUUAUAUGGAAAUUUAAUAAGAAUGGUUUAUCAAUCCAAAAAUUUUAUUCCACCUUUAGAUAACACUUAUUUUUACAUAUUCUAUAUUUUUAUCGCUGUUAGUGCCUAAUUAUAGUUAUUAUAAUAUAUUCCAUAUGCCACUGUUUUAAUACUUAAUAUAUGGGAUAAAAAACCAUUAAUCCCAAAAGAAAAGAAUGUAGAAUUCAUGUUAAUUACUGAUGGUGAUUUUCAUAAAGAAGAAGAAAAAGAAAAUAAAAAAUCAUAAACUAUGAAUCAUAAGUUUAGAUAAUCAUUUGCCAUUCAUGAAGAAGCAAAACUUAAAUAAAAUUAAAAAACUUCCAUUUUUGUAACUAUUAUCAUCUAUAUUUUGGCAUUCAUAUUUGCUAUGGCUAAACCACCAAUAUUAUUAUUAAGUUGCUUAAUGGGAGCUACAUCAUAAAAUUUUGUUACUUUUCUUAUUCCUUCAAUUUUAUAUUUGGAUUAGUAAUUUAAGUUUGAUACUGAUAUAUAUAAGAAAUGCUUUGCUUGGUUUACACUUAUCUUUUCAAUAUUCUUUUCCAUUAUUUCAGUUUCAUUUGGUCUUUAUGGAUUGUAUUAAGAUGAGAUUUGA